AUGAAUUCAUCUCAAACAAGAAAUGAUGCUAUCGCUCCUAAGUCUUCGGAUUCUGCUCCGGUUGAGAGCCAACAGAAUUCUGCUGAAAAAAAUUGGAGGUCUUCGAAUCAGCCUAAUACUGCAAGCAUUUCAAGGUCAUUUGCUGGUGGAACACAGGUCUUAGAUCUAUCUUCUACAGCCGUAUAUGCACCGACCAACAACCUGGCAGUGGGGAACAUUUACAAGCCAUCAGGAAUCGGUCUGCAUUUAAAUAGCAUAGUCAAAGCAUUGCCUGUGAGUUGUGCAGCAACCUUAAAAUCAACAGAGAAUGCAGUGAAUUCUCAAGCUUCAUCGAAAUCAGUUGAUGGGUUAUCGAAUCCAAGGGAGCAAAAUUCUACUGCAUGUCAUCAAAGGGAAUGUCCUAAAUUGAGUCCACCAAAGAAAAGGAAAAGGUUAACAGGCUCCAGUGAUGGAGAUGGCUGCAAACGCUGCAACUGCAAGAAAACAAAAUGUCUGAAACAAUACUGUAAUUGCUUUGCUUCUGGAUACUACUGUUCUGAAACUUGUUCUUGCCAGGGGUGCUUUAACACCCCCGAAUACCAAGAUAAAGUUCUUCAAACAAGGAGACAAAUCGUGAAAAUCGUGAAAAUUUUGACUGAGUUGUCAAUUUUACCCGAUCAUGAUCCAUUAGCAUUUGCACCCAAGAUUUUGCAGCGUGUGAGUGAGUCCCCUGCGAAUAUUACUCAGGACAUAUGUAAGCCAACAGCUUCAUCUGCAACGCAUAAAAGAGGGUGCAGUUGCAAGAUGUCGAUGUGCAUUCAAAGCUACUGCGAAUGCUAUCAGUCAAACGUUGGAUGCUCUGAUAGAUGUCGAUGCUCUUGGUGUAAAAAUUCCUAUGGCAAGAAAGAAGAAUGUGGCUCAGGUAAGCAAAUUGGCAACACAGAAGCCACCAUUACAGAGAUGUCAUAUGACCAGAAGUUGGAAAAUAUCUUGAAUUCUGUGUUCAGCAUUCCUCACAAUGUGACAAAUGAUACGAGUAGUGAGGCAUGCCCUGGAGGAGGCUGUUUUUCAUCAUUAAACUCGUGCCAAUUGUCUAGUUCACCAAUCAGAGCAGUGGUUCCAUCUGGCAGCGAGAGACAACCUCCAAAGCUCUUUGAUCUUGACAGCUGGUGUGACAACAUUUUAGAAGAUCUUGUCAUACCAGAGACACUUAAGGAAGAUCACAUCUCUUUUUCACAAGUAAACUUAAGUUCUCCGAAUGAUAAAAGAGUUUCUCCUACACAUAGUCACUUCCCUGAGGUAAGACCUAGCUCUUCUUUCAUUAGACUUGGACCAGGCAAAUAUAUUUUGAAGGCUGCUCCAUCAUUCUCACCACUUGCCGGCUGUAUUGAUGGCAAAAGCGCUAGUAGUCCAAGUACAAAUGCUCCAGAUUAUAGAAAUAUCUAA